AUCAAGCCCCCGACUACAUAUUUUGGUGCAUUACGAGACGCCGUCGCAUGAGCCAUGUCCGAAUUUUUCUGACCUGCCGUUGCUGGAUCCAUCACUCCUGAAGUCCCACGUAUGAGUCAGUGCGGCUUGCCGACAUUCGUGAAUAUAAGGGCGCGUUUGUGGAACACCGUGACCUCUAUCCCGCGCUCUUCAGGUACCUGGGGAAAUCUUGUCUCUGUUUCUCGCAAUCGCCACUACUCUUCAGCAGCCGACAUGGCGGACGCCGUUGAGCUUCACUACUUCUUCGACCCGCUCUGCGGCUGGUGCUAUGCGAGCGCUCCAGCCCUCGAGGGCCUUGCCGCGCGGUAUCGAGACUUGCUCCGCAUGCGGCCGUCAGGCUUGUUCACGAGCGGAUUUCCCGUCUCGUCCAUGGCGGAUAUGGCCUGGCGCAACGACCAGACCAUACAGCAACUGACCGGACAGCGCUUCACCCAGGAAUACCGCAAAAGCGUCUUGCUCGCUCCGAACGGCAUCUUCGACUCCUGGCCCGCGACGCUGGCACUGGUCGCCGUCUCAGAGAUCGACCGAGCUCUGGAACCACGUCUUCUCCAUCAGCUUCAGAUUGCCCGCUACGUGGAGGGACGGGAUACUUCAAAACCGGCCGAGGUCGCAAAGGUCGCCGCUGCGUCAGGGCUUGGCCUCGACCAGUCUGAAUUUGAAAAGAGACUGGUGAAUGAUGAGGCGCUCAAAGCUCGAGCGCUGCAACGUAUCGAGCACACACAGCGCGACCUUGACAAGCUGGGCAUCCAGGGAGUUCCACAACUCGUCGUCAUGUCGAAGAGCGGUGGCCCAGCCCGGGUUGUUGAUGGCCAAGCUCUCCACAAAGGUCCGGAAGCCGUCUUCGCUGUGUUGGACAAGAUUCUGCCAACAGCACCCAAGACCAAUUAAGCUCGUGUCCCAAGAAUUCCGAAAACCAAUUGUUCUUGAAAACUGAUGGGAAAUCAAAAACUUUGAAAAUCUCUGAAGAAAAGCCCUGGGUUUCACUCGCUUAUUUCUCUGUCCUCCUGGGAAGCAAAGCCCCCCUGGGCCUACCAAACCGGAAAAGAGCCCUGGAGCUCUAGUACCUAAGGAUUUCACCUACUUAUUAUUCCGCUCAAACACGGAAACUACCUUUACUGUACCUGGGAAAAAGCUUUGGACUGCGGCGAACCUUGGCGGUCAGAUAUGACACUACUGUUUAAUGCACAAGCGUUACUUGUCACGUUUAUCACAUGUUCAGAGGCACCGCAUAUCCAUUGACGUAUGUACAAAUGAAGGGUGGAAUCUUUUGCUUUCUGAGACCCUUCUUCCCAGAUGAGAUCAACUUGAGCACAGACGGGGUCGAUCAGACAAGAACAUUGCACGUCAUUUGGCCAUUGAUUGGCUAUCCCCGA